UCACCUCCCAGAGUGCACCGCGGUAGGGCUCCUCGUCUCCCAUUGGUCUCGCUCAUCGAGCAGCGGAGGCAGACAUGAGGCAGUGGUGAAAGCCCGGCGGAGAGCUGCGGAGCUGAAAUGAAGCGCACACACGGAGCAGCUCACACCGCGCAGCACCGUGCGGCUCGAGGAAGGUAGGCAGGCUCCGCGCCGCUAAAGCUGAAGGCUGCUCCGGCUGAAUGAAGGGCUCCGUCCAUGCGGAGGCUAGCGCUCUUUCUGCUUCCCUGUGCUGUCGCCGUCCUGGUGCACUUGUGGUUGGCACAACGACCCUCCUCCGCCCCGCUGGACAACAACACAUACUCGGAUGAGCCAUUACCUUUCUAUGAAGUUUUGGUGGGGGUGCUGUCAGCAAGACAUCAUUAUGAACUGCGACAGGCGAUAAGAGAGACCUGGCUGGGAUACCUCAGACACCACCCCCACUUCCAGCACAGAGUGGGGGUGAAGUUUAUCGUGGGGGAACAUGGGUGUCCUAUACCAGAGGAUGACCGAGAAGAUCCUUACUCCUGCUCCCUCCUGAACUUCACCGAGCCAGCGGCAGGCCGGGACGGAGAGAUGGAGAUUGUGACGGUGUCUGAUCCCUCGCUGCUCGCCCCCUCCGACGUGUCUGCCAUCGCCCUGGACUUCAAGGUGCUCCACCCGGUGGUGAUAACCCGGCUAGGGGUGUUUCCCAGCGGGACCCGAGCCGAGCUUCAGAGCAACGUGACGGUGAAGCUUCUCCAGCUGGACCAGGAGGAGGCUGUGGUUACUGCUCGCUUCAGCUCCAUUAGCACGGGGACCUUGGUGAACUGGAUGUGGUACAAACCAGUGGAGCAGUUCAUCCUGCCGAAGGGGUUUGAGGGGACGCUCGUCUGGGAGAGUCUCGACCCUGCCGCACUGACCACAGUCAACUCCUCCUCCGUGCAGCUCAGUGAUGGAGGAGGCGUCCUAAAGAUCUCUUCUAUUGUAGAGGGGAUAUUGCCUCAUAGAAGUGCUCUUGGAUUUCCUGGUUUGGCUGGAGGCUUCACAUUUACUAUCUAUGAUGGAGACGGUCUGUCAGAGCUCCUGCGGGGCCGCCCAGCCAGGAUGGAGCGUCAUGCCUCCAGGCUGAGGGAGGAGGAUGCCACUUUGCAGGAGGAAAGCCUCAGGCAUGGCGACAUGGUGUUCGUAGAUGUGGUAGACACCUACAGGAACGUGCCUUCCAAACUGCUUCAGUUCUAUAAAUGGUCUGUGGGAAACGCUGACUUUAAUCUACUGCUGAAGACGGAUGAUGAUUGUUACAUCGACGUGGACUCUGUAUUAAUGAAGAUUGACCACAAGGGUCUCAAACGCAGCAAUUUCUGGUGGGGGAAUUUCAGGCAGAGCUGGGCAGUGGAUCGCAUUGGGAAGUGGCAGGAGCUGGAGUACGCGAGUCCAGCCUACCCGGCGUUUGCCUGCGGCUCUGGCUAUGUGGUCUCUCGUGACCUGGUCCAGUGGCUUGCCAACAAUGCAGAGAAACUGAGGGCCUACCAGGGAGAGGAUGUGAGCAUGGGGAUAUGGAUGGCAGCUGUUGGGCCUCAGAAAUAUCAGGAUCCCGGCUGGCUGUGCGAGAAGGAGUGCUACCUGGACAUGCUGUCGUCCCCCCAGCACACGGCCAAGGAGCUGCAUGUUCUGUGGGAUAGGAAAAGAGCCUGUGGAGACCCCUGUGGAUGCCCCUGGGACCACUGAAUGUGGUUCACACUACACUCACUACGUGACACUGUGGGUAAAAUGCACUCGACACUAGCUGUCAGGUCAUUUUCUGUAAUAUUUUUUUCUUAAAACACUAAACUGCGCCAUUGUCAGUUACUAGAAUUAUGAUUAUUAUAUUAUAAAAAAAAAACACUUAGAUUUGGAAAUGUGGGACACUCUGUAGGGAAAAUAAUGUCAAACUUUGCAGGUUCGUAAUAUUAACAACAUAAACCAUUUGCAGCUUAAAGAAAAAAAGACCUCACCUUUAGCUGUAGCAUCCUGCCGGUAUUUGUAUCAUGAAGUCGGUUAUUAAAUUUGAAAAUGUCAAAAUGUGGGAAGACUGCAGAUGAAAAGAUGCUUUAUUAAUGUAACUGUCAGGGAUGGUACAAGAACCAUGUGCAAUACCAGCGUGUGAAGGUCAUCAUGUUCAGGGUGAUUGCUGUGAGACUGAGUACUUUAUUCUAAUUGUUGGUACUCUGGAGACAGAGCUGAACCUUUUUUUGGUUUAAUGCAGAUAUUUGAUGGCGUUUUAACGAUGAUUCCUCUGCAUUGCUAUGUUUUGUAAAUUUAUUGUCUGAAGCUUUUCAUCUUCUUUACUGUUUGUAGGUUUAUGAUGGGCUUUCUCACAGACGCACACACAGUUUGUACUGUAAUUGUUAUUGUGCAGAUAGUGAUGUGGCCUUACUGUAUUUGUUAGGCGUCAUACUGUACCUAUGUUAACACUUGUGAUAUUAACAGAUUUUUUUGGGGAACUUGACAAAGCAGUUGGAGCGACUGUGGAAUAGACUCACUCGUUUAACACGGUUUUAUGAAAGCCUCCUCAAAGGUAAUAAAGAACAUUUAAGAGAGA